AUGUCAUCAGGAGAAAUCUCGAUGAAGAUAUUGAGGACCUCACUACUUACCGACAAUCAACUUGAAAAGAUCAUUGAUCUUCCGGAUCACAAGUUGGCUAGAUGUAUGAUGCCCGUAGGAUUGCUUCAAAAUGUGGCGUCAUUGAGGUUUAGUGGCCUUGAUCAUUACACUACUGAAACCUCUAUAUACUUGUGCAGAGCAUCCGCCCAACUGUGUCCUCUAUUUAUUGUUCGUUAUCAGUGGACGCUACAUGUGAAGCACCGCACAUCUCGCUACGACCCAGACUCUAUCGAAUUCAUAUCUUCUACAGCCGCAACAAUCACAGAAAUGGCAGACACACAAGAAGCUCCUAAAAAGGUCUUGAAAAAGACCAACAAAACUCCGAUCAAGAAGAAGCCAGCAACUUCUAAAUCAGAUGCUCCUUCGGUACCUAGCGAAAAGCCGUCGGUAAAAGACACGCCUACACCACCUACUCCAAAGGAGUCCAACGAUGUAGGCAAAUCCACAAAGCAGGCUUCCACCACUAAAGCCAAGAAAUUCGCACCCAAAUUACCAGCAACUCCUCCAGCUGACAAAAAUGUUCCACAACCUGAAGUAACAUCGCCUUCACCAGCACCAAAGUCCGAGAGUAAACCUAAGCCUAAGAAGUUUAAGAAGCCUGUUAAGAAACCCGAGCCAGUACCUGAGCCGGAGCCUGAACAAGACGGCGAGCACGACGAACCUGAGGAAUCGGAGAAUGAGGAGCCCGAGCCUGAACAGAAACCGAAGAAGUCUUCUAAGGCCAAUAAGCCUGAGCCAGCGCCAGAGCACGAACAAGAAGAACCCGAAGAGCCCGAACAAGAAGAGGCAGAAAAUGAGCCCGAACCGAAGAAGGAAGCUCCCCGACCAAAAAAGUUUUCUAAGGCUAAGAAACCGGAGCCAAAGCCAGCUCCUGAAGAACAAGAACAUGAUUCUGAACCUGAGCCUGAGCUUGAACAAUCAAAACCAGAAAAGGUAAACCAAAAAGAGGAACAUGAUGAAGGCAUUGAAAUGGCAGAUAACGAGGAGGACGAGGAAGAAAAUGAAGGCGAGAAUGAUGAGGGUGAAGUCGACGAUGAUUCCGAUGUUCAAGACGAGGAGGAACAGGAUAAUUCCGAAGGAGAAGACGGGGAAGGCGAGGAAGAGGAGGAUGAAGAAAAUGAGGAAGGAGAAGAAGAAGAGGACGACGAAAAUGAAUUGGCCGAGGCUAUUCCUGAUGUUCAACCAGAUGUCAUUACAUCUGCAGCUCCUAUUCCAGAAGAAUUCAAGGAAAGCAUCGAGCCUCUCAAGUCGGCAACCAAGUCUGAACCUGUCAAACAAGCUACUAAGCCAGUCGAGGAUGCAAAAGACUCCGUCCCUGAACCUGCAAAGGAAGCGACUAAACAACCUAAGAAAUUCCUCAGUAAAGCUUCCAAAGCUGCACAGGGAGCUCAAGGACAGGCAAAUGGUGUCCUAGGUGACGCCACCAAGAAAGCUCAAGAUGUUACUAAAGAUGCACCUGGAGCUGAUCAAGUCAAAGAUACUGCUUCUGGCACCACUGAACAAGCGAAGGAUGUUGGAGACAAGGCAUCCAAAACCGCUAAAGGAGGAGCAGACAAGAUCAAAGAUACUGCCGAACAAGCACCAGACGCUAGUCAAGCUACCCAUGCUGUUCAAGGCGCAACUGAUACUGCUAAGGAUGUUGGAUCAAAGGCAAAGGGUGAUGUUGAGAAAAUUUCCGGGAAUGUCAAAGACACCGCACAAGACAAAGCUGAUCAAGCAUCCGGCCUUGGAAAAGAUGCCAGUGACAAAGUCGGCGAAGUUGCAGGUGAUGCAAAAGACAAAGCUGACGGUGUAACCGAUGGUGCAAAAGAUAAACUUGGCGACGCUCAAUCCCAAGUCAAUGGAGUCGCUGGCGAUGCAAAGAGCAAAGUUGAAGGUGCUACAGGUGAUGCACAGGAAAAGCUCGGAAGCGUGAAGGAUACAACUGAUGAUGUCAAGGGUGGUUUGCCAUCUACAGAUGAUGCUCAGAAGUCUCUAGGUGAUGGUACUGACAAGACCAAAGAUGCGUUGGGAGGUCUACCUGGUGCUGAUAAAGCAACCGGUGCCGUCAAUGGAAUCAAAGAUCAAGCUCAGGAUGCAGUAGACAGCGCGAAGGAUGUACAAGUCAACAUACCAAACAUCAAUGAUAUUGUUGGAAAGAGUAUCUCCGUCAUCAAAGACGGAUAUCUCUUUGAUGACCAAGGAAAUGUCAUCGGUCAAGCUACUUCCAAUUUCUCCGGCAAAGCAGUCGGUUCUUUCAAAUCCAAAGAACUGGAAGCUAGAGCUACACAGCAAGUCCAAUCUAUUGAUGAACCAAAGGCUGGGGAUGUAGGAUCUUUGGCUGGAACAUUGGGACAGAAUGCAGAUCUCGAUGCUGGAAGUAGUCCAAGUGAUAUUUUCUUGGAUGUAAAGAGUACCAAUGAGGGUAUCAGUUUGCAGAUUAGAAUUCCUACUGCGUUCAUGAUGAAAGCUGGAAACUAG